AAAUAAUAUUCAUUCAAACAAUCAGUUCAGUUGAUCCCAAGAUAUGGCACAACAGAUAACACAAAUGAUGGCAUCACUCGAGACCACAGAUGACGGCGAAGACAACAUUCAACAGCCACAAAUGUAUGCGAAGAACUCAAUGGACAGAUUCGGUGAUGACAUGUGUGCACUCAUAUUGUCUUAUAUCACAUUUGAGGACCGAUUCCGUUACGAAUGUGUGUCCAAACAGUUCCAGAGGACAGUCUUCGAGAGCGUUGAUUACAUUCUUAUUUACAACCGUUUAAUUGAAAAAAUAUUGAGUGGAAAGACGAUUAACGUCCAAAUGUUGGCUACAAUUGCCAUAAAGUGUGCAAACAUUCAGACCAUUGACUGUCGAGGAAUAGGUUACACAUAUGAGAGACAUAUUCCCGAAGUGUUGACCACAUUUCGAGACAAUUGCCGCCAUUUAAGAGAUAUUUGCACCAAAUUAGUGAACGAUAGCUCGAAAUCGUUGCAAACGUUUGGAUCAUUGGUCACAGAAAUUGGCUCUUUUUCUCCGAUUCACGAACUCAUUGAUUGCCAGCGAUUAUCAAAAAUGUCGACAAUGAGAAUAUCUGAUGUCUUCGACACCACUUCCGGCCGACUAUUGGUGAAGAAUUUGCGGAGAAUUGAGUUGAGAACACAUUCGAGUGAUAGUAAGGAACUGUUGUCUGCAUUCGUGGCACACAAUCAGUCACUCAAGAGCUUUACCGUAGAUCUGAUUAAUCUUCGAUUUGAUAAGCCGUUGACCGAAAUGUCUGAACAGUUGUCACGAUUACCGCAAUUAAGGGAACUAACACUCGGUGUGUAUUUAAUGAGUGACGAGAACUCAUUGUCUGAGUCUUUGCGUACAAUUGGCUUAAACUGCAAACAAUUGCAACGAUUGGCACUUCAAUUGAGUUCAUGGAGCCAUCAAUUGACUGGAAGUCUAAUAAAUGGUUUGCAAAAUAAUCACAAAUUAAAACGUUUGAGUUUAACAAUCGUUUUGGACACCGACGAGGAAUUGUUGGAACCGUUGAAACUCUGCCACCGAUUAACACAUUUGACACUAGAUUUAAAGCAAAUGAGUGACCAAUUAAUGGUUAAUUGCGACAAACAGUGGCCUCGACUCCAAUACCUGUCCAUCAAAGCUAAUGCAAUGACUGGCGAGUGUUUGUCUCACAUCUCAAGACUACCGGCGCUGCAAAUGCUUGUCAUUAAAGUCAAAGGAAGGGAUGAUUUCUCGGAUUAUUUCUCGGAU